AUUAAAUGUUACAAAAUUUCAUCAAGUAAUUGCACAGUUACUGCAUUGUUUAUAGUAACAGGUAGUAACAAAAAGAUUAAUAUAUAUUCUCUCUCUCCCUUUCCCUUGCCUUUCUUUCCCUUACCCAUUCCUCCUCUUCCCAUAUUCACCACCCAUACAUUUUUCCUCUUCCUAUCCUCACACACAUUGCAUAAUCAUGUAACCAGUUCAUAUGCUUCAUCAUUCACUUUGUCUCCAGGUAAGGAAGUACAAUCAAUGGAAGAGUUUACCUUUGAUGAGGAGGAGGAGGAGGAGGAGGAGGAGAAAGAUAUGAUACUGCUACCAACAAGACAGAUGAUGGAGGUGGAGGAGCAGAACCAACUCGUAAGGCAACUGUACACAGACACACACAUGGAGAGGAUGGAGAGAAAGGAGUCGCAUUCCCUUAACAAUCCUCUCACUCUUGCACCAGGUACAAUAUUCUGGAGAAGAAAUGCAGAAGAAGAAGAAGAGGAGGAGGAGGAGGAAGAGGAGGAGGAGGAGGAGGAGGAGGAGGAGGACAUGGAGCUGAAGGUGCUGGUGCCGACCCAACAGGAGAUGCAGGAGGUGAAGGAGCAGAACAGAAUCAUUCACGCCCUCCUGCAGGACUCAGUAAAGGAGAAUAUGGUGGCUGCCUCCUCCUUUGUUGGGCCUUCAGGAGUAUCAGAAACUACCGCACACACCAGCAUUCCCUUUCUGCAAUCCUUCACCAACACCAUCCCCAACACUGCCACCUCCUCCACACACUCCCUGGUGGCGGACGACUAUGUGGGGCGUCUGGAGGGGCGGAUGGAGGGGCUUUUGGCUCAGGCACCCUCGGCGUACAAGGCUCUCCACCUCAAUUUGGCACUCCAGCAGGUUUUCAGGGAGACUAUCAGCAAAGUGGAGGAGGCACUGAAGAAGAAUCAGGAGGUGCAGGCAGAGGUGAAGCAGAACCUGGAGGAGUCUGGCUGGUCCACUGGAAACGUACCCAGACGAGUUAUGCCCACAGCACAGUCGGGGGGGCGGCCCUCCUUUAGAUAUUCCCACCUGUGCAUUCCCUACUUCAAGGACUCUAGUGGGAUGCCUGUCCCUAUGAAUGAGGACUCCAAGAAGAAGCUGGAUGCAGGAUAUAUGGAUCUGUACACCUCUAGGAACCGUCCCUGGCAGCAGAAGGAGCAGAAGGCCUUGGUAAAGGAGGUUCAGCAGCAGUGGAAGACACAGUGGGUGAAGAAAUGUGAGGAACAGAUCAGAUCCCUGCAACGACAGAUAAAAGGCUUGGCUGGUACUGGGGAUUCCAAGGAGGAGGAGGAGCUGAAGAAGGCCCUGAACAAGGAAGAGAACGAGAUGAAGAGAGUGAAGCAGAAGCCCCCGAUGAAACUGGAACCCCCACCGCGCUUCAUGAUCCCUACCCCAAAGAACAUGAAGUUAGACUGGGAGGAGAUUGCGGCCCAGACUUUUGAUGGCAGGCGGUCAUCUUUGGAGUGCCAGCUGAUGUGGGACAAUCUACUUCACCCGGAGAUUAGCAGACGGUCUUGGAAGGAGUCUGAGGAUCUCACCAUACAGAGGCUCGUGAAAAUGCCUGGCAGGAACACCAACUGGGACGCCAUCGCCAGGUGUCUCAAUACUAAUCGUACUGGGUAUCAGGUGAUGCAACGCUGGGUGUCUUUCAUACUACCUGCCCUGCAGCCAACUGUAUGGAGUGUGAGCGACACAAAGAAGCUGUUGGAUGCUGUCAGUCUGCUAAGGAACGGACAACACAUCCCUUGGGCCCAGGUUCACCAGCACCUCCCAGGCUUCACAAGGUACCAGAUCUAUAGCAAGUGGAAAUCCCUUAAUCCAGAGAAACAACACGGACAUUUCACAGUGGAGGAAGAUUUUAUCCUCAUUAAGGGGCUGUACAUUUUUGGCCUAAACUUUGAAAGCAUUGCCCAUUUCCUGCCAGGCCGAACUCCUUCCCAGGUGAGGCAGCGGUUCAGGAGGUGCUUCGUUCCCCCCCUCACCACCGUGCCUUGGACCAGCAAGGAAGACCAGAUCCUGAUUGAGAGUGGGGAGGUGGGGCCUUGUGGUUGGAAGAAGUUGGUAUGGGACCUCCCUCUCCGCAUACCCCCUCAGAUGAGAUGUCGCUACCUCACCCUGAUGGUGUGGCAGAAUCUGGGGGGCCAGGAGGCAGCCAGUGGGAAGCCACCACCCCCCCUGUUUCCCAUAAGCAUGACGAGUGAUGCGACGGAGGUGGGGGAGAUCCGAGCCCUUAUGCUGCAGGACGACCCUCAGCUGAAGUGUGCUGUGAACCGCAGUAGGAGGGGCAUGGACUUGGAGGAGGUACUGCAGGAGCUGGAGGAGAAACGACAAGUGAAGCAGGAGAAGGUGGCAGAGGAGACAGCCCAGCGUGUCCACCAGCUGAUGAAGAAACGUGGCCGAGCGAAGGGCUCCCUCAAUACCCCACCCACCUUCACCCCACUGCGGUCCACCCUCUUUGACCGCUUCUAUGCCCCCAGCCGCCCCCACAAUGCUUACAGCCCUGCAGUCACUGAGGAGGUAAUUAGUCGGCUGCGUGUGGUGAGCAAUGCGUUGUCUCUGAGGGCAACCUGUAGAGUGACACAUCAGCACGAACAGCAGCAGGAGGAGGAGGAGAGGGCAUCCAUCUCCUGCCUCACCCAUUAUGACCGUGGCCUUUUCCAGCAGCUGGCCAAGGCACAGGAGCAGGACAAGCAAGAUGGUGGUGGAGUGAGGGUGGCCAGCAUGCCUUACCUGCCCCCCAACCACAGCACAGUGGGGGCCAUGCUGUCUGUCACCAUCCACCGCCCUGUGUUGUCUGAGAUGGCGAUGGGAUGGUUCAUCUUUCAAAACUUCGGCCCCCAGCAGCUGGCGUCCAUGUCCCACACACAGCUGGCUAAGAUACAGCACAUCCAACAUGAUGCACUGCGGAUUCAAGCAGUUUGUGGGUCGCAGCAGAACAGUGAGGGUGACAGCAGAGCCUCCAGCAGCGUCCCCUGUGUGUCUUCCUCCUCCAGUCGAAAAGCAAAAAUUCAUGAAUUGUCAGAUAGUGAGGCAGGCAGUGAUGGCCAGCAGAUUGGUAGUGAGGAAGAGGAGGAGGUAGAAGCAGAUGGUAGUAACAGCCAGCAGAAAGUGUUCAAGAUACAUAUUACUUCUGAAAAGGUCCCCAGAAAGAACACCAAGAGGCUGAAGCAUGAAUUGAAGAAGCCCAAUUUCAGUACAUACUUUAAAGGGAAUAUCAGGUCUGCAGUGGGCACAUCCAGCACAUCAGGCCCCCAGGGAAACAUAGCUGAAGCACAGGCAGGCCCCAGCACCAGCACCAGCCUCCCACAGCAGGACGUCACAGCUGCACCACUGUGUAACAUCUCAAACAGAGAAGAAACACAGGCCACCCUGGAGGAGGAGGAAAGGCUGCAGGAGGCACGGAAGAGAGCAGAGGAGUUGUUGUUCCAGAGAAUGUUAUCAGUGUUCUUCUGGCCAACCAUCAUGAAAUUGGACAGUCCCUCCAAGUGGCUGGUCAAUGAAGUGGAGCUCCUGGUAGCCAAACACAAGAACCGUGCAAAAGAGGAACAGAAAGCAGCCAGGCAGCAGAGGCAGGCACAGGAGCAUGAGGAGGUGGAGACUUCAGAGUACAUACAGGAGCUGGUCAGAAAGCUGAGGGAGGACAUAGAGAAGAAGAACAAAUACAAGGCAAAUCUGGCCAAGGCAAAGCAAAGCAAGGAAACCAAGAAGAAAGGAGUAAAGAGGAAGAGAUCACCACACCCAGAACCUGAUGAAGAGAAAACCGAGGAACAGGAAGAACCAAUGCCCCCACCAGCAGCAGGAAUAGAACCACCCAGCUCACCAUCACCACCAGGAGGGUCAGCAUCAGCAGCAACAGCACCAGCCUCCCCAUCACCACAGAACAAUGAGGAGGAGGAGGAGCAGCCAGACAGUAAAUCCUUCGUUGUUAAUUUGAGCAUUGCCAAGAAUAAGAAGAAGUUGAGGAAACUGAAGCGUUCCUUAAUAAUGAAAGAGGUGUGGGAGGCACGGAGGCAGGGGAGUGCUCUGGCUCGCAAGAAGCGGCAGAAGUAUCGCCAUGAGUACCAGCCGAGGGAAUCCCGGCGCAGGAGGCAGGCAGCAGAGACCACCACCACCGCUGCUGCUGCCAGCACCUGACUGGUGUGUGUGUGUAUUGCUGGCUGUGAUGUGCCUGUCCUGGUGACCUGCAAAGCUGUGAUGGUUAGUCACUGAUAGUGGUCGUCAUUCAGUUAGUUAUAAGAGUUUGGUGUCAUGAUACCAAAGUGCCCAGACUGUACUGGUAAUGUCAUUUGUUCCUGCCAUGAUACUUCAGCAGUGUGUUAUAAUUUUGGUGUUCUCCUCAGGGAGUGUAUUUCUAAAUUCAGAAACAAAGUUACUGAAAUAAUUAACUGGAUUAUUGCCACAAGUGAAGUAAAUUAUCUUACUUCAGCUUUUGUACAAUAUGAAAUCUUUCUCUCCUACCAUUUCAUUAUGUCAUUAUUGCCUCUUUUGUACUGUGCAAAACAGCCUGAAAAGUUACUAAAGCUGGUAUUAAGGUAUUAAUAAAAGUAAAAAUUUA